AAUAAUUAGGAGGCUGACCAGAAAAUUCAGCUAGCAUCAGUCCAUUACAAAACGCGAACACUCCGGCAAAACAACAACUUCAUGUGCAAGCGGCCAGUUGUCAGGUGACAGCACGAAGAAUGCCCGCGAGGGCUGCGCAGAGGAUUUUGGGAUGCUGUUUUGACAGGAGGCUUCAGUGAGCAAGCAGGCGAAAACAUUUGUAGAUAAAAACAGCGCAGCAAUGGCCGUGAGUCAAGUAUCGCAGAAAUGGAGAAAUCCCAAUAACCAACUGCGCCUUCUGUUCCUUUUCUCACUGCUGCUAGUGGCGUUAGGAUCACUGAAUGCAACAGGGAAUGAGCUGUUGGUACCAGAGCCGAGCUCGGACCCGGGAGUGAUGUCAGCGGCACGUUUCGUGGAGAAACGCUACAACGUGCGUUCCAAUGGCUUAUAUGUGAGGCGAAUCAGCAGGAUCGUGUCCGCCACCAAGCAGGUUGUUGAAGGCCUGAAGUACACUCUUGUCCUGGAAUUGAGUAAUACGUUAUGCAAAAAGUCAGAUGCUUUAGACCUGGAUUCUUGCAGCUUUCCCUCAGAUACCAAAGAUUUAAAGAAAGAAAUCUGUCUUUUUGAGGUGUGGGACAUUCCAUGGGAAAAUAAGGUCAUGCUUCUUAAACAAAAGUGCCAUCUUUCAGAUGUUUUAAAGGAGUCUAGCAAGAAAGAAGACAGAUCAAAAUCACCACCAUCAGUAGAAGACAUUUCUCAGAAUAGCACAUUUAUAUUGGCUCCGAUGUUUAAGAACUUCAUAACUCAAUUCAACAAGAAAUAUGACAGCCAGCAAGAAUAUGAGAAGAGAUUCAAGAUAUUUGUAGCCAAUCUGAAAACUGCACAAAUAAUCCAACAACUAGACCAAGGAUCAGCAGAGUAUGGUGUGACAAAGUUCAGUGAUCUAACAGAGGAAGAAUUUCAGACAUUGUAUUUAAAUCCACUGCUAAGCAAAAUGCAAACCAGGGAGAUGAAGAAGGCAGUGAUUCCCCAAGAUCCUCCUCCAACUGAGUGGGACUGGCGAAAUUAUGGUGCUGUUACCACAGUUAAGGACCAGGGCAUGUGUGGGUCUUGUUGGGCUUUCUCUGUGACGGGUAAUAUUGAGGGCCAGUGGUUUAUACAUAAAGGCAAACUGUUGUCUCUGUCGGAGCAGGAGCUGGUGGACUGUGAUAAACUGGACUCUGCUUGUGGCGGAGGACUGCCUUCUAAUGCUUAUGAAGCCAUAGAAAAACUAGGAGGCUUGGAGGCAGAGACAGAUUAUAGCUACACUGGGCACAAGCAAUCAUGUGGAUUCACAACAAAUAAAGUGGUGGCUUAUAUUAACAGUUCUGUAGAAAUCUCCAAAGAUGAGAAGGAAAUUGCUGCUUGGCUGGCCAAAAAUGGACCCAUUUCUGUUGCACUGAAUGCCUUUGCAAUGCAAUUCUAUAGAAGAGGUGUUUCCCAUCCUCUGAAGAUAUUCUGUAAUCCUUGGAUGAUUGAUCAUGCAGUACUGCUAGUGGGAUAUGGGCAGCGUAAUGGUAUUCCAUUCUGGGCAAUAAAGAAUAGCUGGGGAGAAGACUAUGGAGAGCAGGGAUAUUACUAUCUUUAUCGAGGAUCUGGACUUUGUGGAGUCAACAGGAUGUGUUCUUCUGCAGUAGUCAAUUAGGACUAUUAGCAUUCCGUUACCAAUUUGCCAACAGCUGCAGCACUAUAUAUACUGUAAAAUACAUUCCUAUGUACUGGUCUGCAUUACCAUUCCUAAUAUCAUUGCUGAAUAACUCGUGGAAUGCAUCUUCAAGCACGGUAUUGUCAUAUGUUCUAAAGCAGACAUGUAUGCACUAGAUAUUGCAAUAACUUAACCCUAAGAAAUUUUUAUCUUGGGCACAAUGACAAUUAUUGCUAGGUGAUCAAGGAUACAGUGGAUAUUUUUGCAGGCAAUCUCAUUGACAGUGGAUUGAUUUUUGUUUUACUAAGCCCUUGCUUUACUGAAAUUAUAUAACUGCUGUUCUUUUUUCACUCAGCGUCUGGAACAAAAAUAUGAACAUUGAUUAAACAUAGGUUUGUGCCAUUCAGUCUAUAAAAAUGAUUCUAAUUUUUGUGUUGUAAAAUCUAGUGAGUUAUAGCUUCUAUUUUUGUAAAGCAAAAUCCAUUUUUGAUAAGCCUACUCAUAAGUGCGUUGAAAAUAUUUCAGCUGCUUUCCAAUAGAAUAUAUUUCAAAAGUUACUCUCUUUAACUUUAGAGCACAACUUCACUUUGAUGAUUUGUUUGUUCUUUAUGAAAAUGCUUGUUUUUCAAGCCGCUUGAAAUUAAGAACACAGGAACUUCUCACCAUAAGUCAGGUUUUUAGCACUCGCUUCAAUUUCAGAUGGCUGCAGGUCCCUGUGAGUCUACAUCCUGCAGCCAUUUAUUUCUAGUAUAACUGCUUCUGUCAUUCUCAGACAAAUAUAAAAUAAAAUUAUUAGCAAAGUUUUGAAAUGAGGCCUCUGCAACAGUGGGAAGCACAACUAUAUAGGUAUCUACAGUAUAUAUAAAUAUAGCUAAUUUGGAGCUUGUUCUCUGUAUGUGUUUAUGUAUGUCUCUACAUAUUUUCAUGAAAUUACAAGGUAACUCACAUUGCAUAUAAACAGGUUUCUAUCAUUCACCAUUAACUAACAUCUGCAUGAUGUCAAUGGAAAAGGGUAAAGCAGUUUGGUUGAAGGUGAAUGACAGUCCACUUGGUGCAGCUUGAAGGCACAACAAGUGGCUUAGAUCUUAACAGGGUGUGAUAAAAGAGUCGGUUUAAAAUAGUCUCUCCAUUCCAAACCGCUGCAGUGCCCUGUGAGUCUUUGAUUUGAAGUAAGACAUCUCCAGUCAAAGUGCUUCUGUUACAGGCAACUACAUACAGUACUGCUUACUUAGAUAUGUAAAGUAAAUGUUUUUGUGAAAUUAUACAUAGAAAACACAGGUAUUAUCUCUUUAUAUAUAUCCAUCCAUCCAUUAUCCAACCUGCUAUAUCCUAACUACAGGGUCAUGGGGGUCUGCUGGAGCCAAUCCCAGCCAACACAGGGCACAAGGCAGGAAACAAACCCUGGGCAGGGCGCGCACACACACAGACACACACACACACCUACAGCACACACUAGGGGCAAUUUAGAAUCGCCAAUGCACCUAACCUGCAUGUCUUUGGACUGUGGGAGGAAACCCACGCAGACACGGGGAGAACAUGCAAACUCCACGCAGGGUGGACGCGGGAAGCGAACCCAGGUCUCCUUACUGCAAGACAGCAGCGCUACCCACUGUGCCACUGUAACGCCUCUUUAUAUACAGAUCAAGCUGAAUUAUCUUUAUUUUAACUGCAUAAAACAAUCUUAGAAUAUAAAGACAUACCAUAUCUUUAUAUGCAAACAAAGUUUUAAUAAAUUUGUCCUGUCCAUUUUAUUUUUCAUUUACAUUUCGUUUCAAGGCCCAUAACAUGCAAUUGCUCCAUCCUGGGUAUUAACUGCAUCCAGCCCUGCAAGCAGGUCCUCCAACUUGCAGGGAAAAACUCAGGGGUUGGUGGCAGGAUUGGCACUCCAACGACUGUUAAAUAUCCUCACACUGUUCCAUUCCAUUCAAAGUAGUGUGGUGCUGAGGUGUCACCCGUUUCCCGGAUGCACUUGGGUCCUAAUUUGGGAUCCUGAGGUGGUUUGUUCUGUGGUGGGUGCGCAACACAGUGUGUCAGUGCAUGCUCCCAACCUCCUCACUCCUCCUCCUCCUCUCUUUCUAUGGUAUCUUUCUGCAUCAGAUGUAUUAAAGAAACAAAUAUGUACAGUAUGAUAUGUAGAUGAAACCAUACUUAAGCAUUGGAGCAGUGCUGCUUGAACUGUAAAAAUGUCCCUCCAUAAGCCUAGAAAGGAAAAUUAUUCACACAUCAUGCUAAAAAUGACAAAUUCUAUUUUUGAUCAAAAGAUAUUUUAACUGUUUUAGUUAAUCAAAAAUGUGUCACUCAUAGCCAUAUAAACAGUGAUCAGCAAUACUGAGCCAUAGUAUGUCUCCUCCCAAUGUGACAGAGAUCUGUAGAUCACUGAAAAUACAUUUAAAUAUCACAAACCAGGCUAAAUAUUGCAUUAGAAAUUAUUUUGAAAUAUAAAGACUUAAUAUUUUUUCAAACAUAUAUAGUUGUAUAGUGCAUAUUUUUCUGCUUUACUUAGUGUACUAUAUUUUCAACAAUAAAAUGGUAAAAAAUCAAUGCUGCACUCACUUUAUUGUGAGCAUUAACGCAAUAGCAAAAAGUGUAUGUUUAAACUAAAAUAAUGGCUAAAUAAUGAAAAAUAUAUUAUCCACGUGAAGCACUUUUUGGGAGUCACUCCACAGCCGAGGAUCUACUUGGAUUAAUUUAUUAAUUUAUUUAAUUUAUUAAUCCAUUGGGAUUAAUAAAGUAUCUAUCUAUCUAUCUAUCUGAAAUAUCAAGAUAAGAUCACUUGGCUCUUCGCUGACUUGCAUCAUGUUUUAUUUUUAGUCUUUUUCCGACUUCUUUCCAGUAUUUACAUUAAUAUUUACCAACUGAUGGAAAUUAGCAGUAGCAAUGGGUGUUGUGCGAGCAAAAACUCUAGAUCAUAUGCCGCUCCAUUGGAAGACACACUCAGACUCUCUCUCAUACUGGGACAAUCAAAUUACAGUGCAAUUCAUUUGAAUGUAAAUUGAAAUUAUAAACAAUAUAAUUAUAUUUAUAUGUAAUAUUCAGGUGUAAUAUAUAAAAUGUGUACUUUUUGAGGUACAGUGUAUAUCACUGUGUACUGCUCUUCUUCUCUACUACAUAGCAUAAUAUUCUAAUUCUAAAACCCACUGAGUCCCAUUCAUGAUUAUGGCCGGAGCAGAGCCUGGCAGAACAGAGUGCAAGGCAUGAACCAGCUAACGUUGCCAAGUCCACUAACAUGCACAACCACACUCAACAUGGUGACAAUAAACAGUCAUCGGUUAACCUAAAACACAUUUUUAGGGUAUGGCUUAAAAACCUAUGAGGACAGGGACAGUCUUUCAAUACUCUUUAAUUUAACUGACAUCUAGCCUGUCUGUUGAAAUUUGUCAAUAAUUAUACUCAAUGUAAAAACUUGAGUUUGUGUUCACUGUACAAAAAACUGAACUGUUAAUUGUCCAUUUUAUAUCUUAAAGAUAAUUUUUCUUUUAUGAGGGUUAGAAUCUUUUGCGGAUUUAGGAGUUUAUGAAGCAGGAAGUCAUUGACCCUCAGUCUGUAACAGGCAUACUGGUCAGCAAGUGCAGUAGUCUAGUAGUUUUCUCCUAGUAUUUAUAAUUUCUCUAUGUUAAACUGUAAAUUUGGGUGAUUGUAUUUGAUGUUUUAGAACAGACAGGAUAGUAGAAAGCAUGUUAAUUUUGGCACACUUAAUAUGCUUGUGGUGACAGUUCCCCAAAAAAUGAAAUCUAAGCAAGUGAAAAGAUUUUAUAUCAAGCCACUACAUCUUGCUUUCCUUAUUGUAAUAUAUACUGUGCCGCCUGCUGGUAAGCCUACCACCACUCCACUUCCCUUGACUGUCAUUAAUGUGGAUGGAUCAGCAGUAAUAUUUUACAGAAUCUUUGUUGUCAAACUUAAAUACAGGAAAUUGUACCUAACUGCUUAAAAGCUUUUUUUCUUUUUGAGUGAUCUCUAGUUGAUUCAUUGUGAAAUUAAAAUAAUUCAUAUGUAAUAAAAACAAAUGUAGGUG